UCGUCGCAAAUUUUGUGUUUCAAUAAAAGCGCUUGAAAUAUUUUACUAUUUUACUGUUAAUAAUAUAUUUGUUGGAUGAGUGCUUUCAAGAAUAAUAGUGGAUGCAUUCGUCUGAAGCUACAAAAAGUUUGUAAGGAUUUUCAUGCUGUUUGCUACUUUGAUUGAUUGAGACCGCCGCUUGAUUGCGUUCCCGGUUUAAAUCACAAUAUGCCGGCAACCGUGAAGGUGAAAAUCUGUGAGGCGCGGCAUUUGCCCGUAAUGGAUCGGAGCGGAGAAACAACGGACGCGUUUGUCGAGGUUCGCCUGGCAAACAACAUUUUCAAAACCGAUGUCUGUCGCAGAACACUGCAUCCUAAAUGGGAAAGUGAAUGGUUUCGCUUUGAAGUGAAUGAUAUUGAACUACAAGAAGAACCGUUGCAGAUUCGGGUAAUGGAUUAUGAUACGUAUUCUUCGCACGAUGCUAUCGGAAAAAUUUACGUGGAUUUAACCAACAUUCUUAUGAGCGAAAAUCGGACAAUGUUCGCUGGGUGGCUUCCUAUUUACGAUACCUUACUGGGUAUCCGAGGAGAACUGAAGAUCGAAAUUCGUUUGAUAUCGUUUUGUGUAGAUAUGAAAUCGCUGCGACAUUUCGCGCAGAGCAUUUUGUUCUUUUCUUCUGCACUUUUUCCAUCUGGAUUUCGAAUAAAAAGAAUCAUCGGCUUAGUGGAUCAUUCCUUAGUGGCAGAAGAUCCUGAACAUCAGUGGCUAGACAAAAUUCGUACACCGCGUUCGACAAACGAAGCCCGUCAGUUGUUGUUUAUGAAAAUGUCCGGAGAGCUGCGACGGAAGCUGGGCAACAAGGUUGCCGAUAUGGGCGGUAACGCCGUUAUUGCGCUGCGACAACGCAUUGACCUCGGACAUGUUGGUGUGAUCAUACGAGCGAUUGGCACUGCGGCCAUUGUGGAGAAGCUGGCAGCUCUCAGUCAGCUGCCUUCGCAAGAUGCAGAAACAUCCAUUGUUGGUGCGUCCUCACCGGGUGGACCGCGAAAAGGUUCCAAAUUGGAUACUGUAACCGGCUCCCCGGAAGUAUCUGCUCUGACCGGCAUAAGACAGUACGUAGACGAUUUGGAUCAAACAGUACUGCCAGAGUCUAACGGUGGUAACCAGAAUCCGCGAUUCUACCUGGGGGGAACUCUUGAACACGAGCAACAGCAGUAUCCGGCAGAUUUGACUCGAGCGAGUUUAUAUGCGGAGUUUCCGUUCCUAACGUUAAAACACAUCCCAGCAGGAGUCGUCAAGAGCAUUGGAGGGAUAGUUUCCUGUAAAAUGAUUAAGACUUUGGAGCGACUGGAACAAGACGAUAUUAACCAGGCUUCGUACGCACAAUGGUGGAAAGAAAUUCGCAUGGAGAUAUUUCGCCACAUGAAAUGUAUCGGAUGUAAUGCUGUUUAUGGCUAUUCCGAAGAAUUAUGUUUGACGGAUGAAGGCAAUAUCCAGUUGUUAAGUGCCAUCGGCACUGCUGCCAUUUUGGACAUUGAUUUAGCUACCAAAGACCGUGACUGCGAAACCGUACUGGAAACAGCUUGGGGAAUGAUAACCAGAGAAAACUUCCGCAAAGAAUCGUCCGUACUUGUUUAUCCGGAAGCUAUGGGCCAGGCAACAGAUUGCAAAAUUUAUCAUAUUCCAUCUGGAGAGUACGCUGAUCACGUUGCCUCAACGACAUCUCAGUGCGGUGUUUGUAAAGUUGGACACGUGCCGGAAAUUCUCUUAACUACCGUUGAGAUUCCAGAUGGGUCGCCGAUUAAGGGAAUGGGAACUCUUGUACAGGCGCGGGUACAACGGAAGACCAAAGCGCUUAAAGGAGAAAGUGGAGCCCGAGAGUUGUCGGAAAUAAUGCCGUUUAUUGAAUAUGAUCUCCAUUCGCAGAUCAGCACAAAAUUGAAACUGUUAGGCUGUAACGCGGCAUUUAGUUUGAAAAUGGACCUUCAGUGUGGUUCGGAAGUGAUCAUUGCCAGCGCUACGUGCACAGCUGCUUGUAUUUUGUCGCUGCCAAGGCCAAUGCGCCCCACCGUCCUGGAAACGGACAAGGGUGUUGAGAGUUCCGAUAUUCAAACGAAGCUUGACAAUACACUGGAACAGUAUUUGCGCCAGCUGGGGCUCACCGACGAUAAAGAUGACAAGACCGGCAAACUUACGCGACCAUUGCGAACAACUAAUGUGAAAAAGAAAAAACCUGGACCGAGGCAGUUCUCGAAGUCUGGAUUUGUCAUCGACUUGGAAAACGAAAAAUCUGAAGGCCGUGAUGUUAUCUCCUUAAUCGAUUACUUACCCUCUAAGGACACUUUGUUGAUGGGAUCUGAAAUCUGUCCGAUGCAGGACCGGCUCCGUCAGCUUCGUUAUACUGAAUUUGCGCAGAACUCUAGCGCAAAGCCCUGUGGACCCUUCAUCCAAUCGUUUUGCCGAAUAUGGAAGACGAGGGUCUUUGGUGAGCAGGAAGAUGCGGACGAUCUGCUGGUCAGCUGUCAACAUCUGCUACGCGAUGUGGUUUUUCGCGCUCGAAUGUUUAAGCCCUGCCGUAUUGCUGGCAUUAAAUUUCGGUUUUACUUAAAUCCCAAUGACGAGCUGUUAAUCAUGGUUCAGGGAUCUAUCGUUGCCGAACCCUUACCAUUGUAUUCCUGCCUAAAAGGGACAGGAGAAGGACGCAGAUCAUUACGUCAUGUAUCUAGUCGAGCGGGAAUUUCGGGAUGCGAAGACAAUGGUGAUGUGAUGCCCCUGCGAACACAAACAGACGAGUUUUCCAUUGCGGACGGUAACGCAAAAGACACACAUGCUGGACUGACCACACCCCGCGUUGGUCUCGUAUCGUUGCUGCGUACUCGUAUGUCGCCGCCUCGGCCGUCACAAAUAUUCUUCCAACAUCAAGUUACGCCUCAGUCUUUAUCGGGUGUGUCGGUCGACAUUUCUUCUUUAUCUUUCGUUCAUUCUGGAACGGUGAAGCGCUAUGUUGGGAAUUUAAAUAUUGUCGUCCUCCGUGAGUGUCAGGCAUUGCGUGAUAACGAUGGUCUUAGCGGGUUCAUGCAGCGUACACUGGCUGAUUUCUACGCGGUUGUGCGGUCACAAACUGUUGCUGCUGGCGGAAAUGCUGUUCUCUCCUUUUAUAUUGCUCAGUUACAAUUGGCGGAUUCGUAUAAUCAGGCGCAGUGUAUAAUUCAUGCCUACGGUGACAUGGUAGAAAUUGAAGAUUCGGUAGGAACGAACGCCAGUGAAGCUUGAUUUUAAAAAGAUUUGGUGUGAUCCCGGUGAAAACGUUUUUUGAGUAAUUUUACAGAUUUAGUACGUUCAUGGUAGUGAGUAGGCUAGCUGUAUUUCUAGCCAUUCGAUUCCAAAUGUUCUGUUAUGUCAUACGUUUUUUAUGGUGUUUGAAUUGUUAUGAAACAAGUGUUUCACGAUUUUCUUACGGUUUAGCUGUUGCAGUUCAUUGCAGGAAUUAUAUUGUUACUGUAUAUA